AUGAACCAAAGCGAGAUCGAUAUGGCCGGACUCAACCUUUACGACGAGGAGGCCGUCGGACUUAUUCCUGACGAGCCGGCCAAGCCGCCUGCGGCCAUUGAGAAACUGAUUGAGGAAGCGAAGACUGCACUCACCGCGCAGGAACAGGGCGACAAGCGGUCGUUGAGCCUGGUAGUGAUCGGCCAUGUCGAUGCGGGCAAGUCGACCUUGAUGGGCCGGCUGUUAUACGAGCUAGGGCGUGUGGAUGAGAAGAAGCGCAUAGCGAAUGAGCGCGGAAGCAGCAAGAUGGGUAAAAGUAGUUUCAGCUGGGCCUGGGAGCUCGACGGCACCCAGGAGGAGCGCGAGCGAGGCAUCACCAUGGACAUUGCGCUGCAGACACUGGUCACGCCCCAUCGGGUGAUCACCAUCCUCGACGCUCCCGGACACAAGGAUUUCAUUCCGAACAUGAUUUCCGGCGCAUCCCAGGCGGACUCUGCCCUCAUGGUUGUGGACGCAGCGGUUGGGGAGUUCGAAGCUGGUUUUGAGCGCGGCGGUCAGACACGAGAGCAUCUGCUUCUCGUCCGGAGUCUUGGUGUCAGCCAAGUCAUCGUAGCCGUCAACAAGUUGGAUCAGGUCGAAUGGUCGAAAGCGCGUUACGAGGAAAUCUGUGAGCUUAUGCGGCCAUUCCUGCUGCAAUCGGGUUUCCACCCAAACAAGACCCGUUUCGUUCCUGUUGCGGCCAUGGAGGGUAUCAACCUCGCACAAGCUGCACCGAAGGGCUCUCCACUCAAUCAAUGGUACAAGGGUCCCACUCUUGUGAACCUACUCGACACCUUGGAUCCUCCGACUCGCGACAUCAAUGCCCCUUUGCGCUUCCCCAUUUCGAAUGUCUUCAAGGGACAGACAUCUGGCAUCUCCGUGUCGGGGCGUGUAUGCGGCGGUAUCAUCGUCGCCGGUGAACGCUUGCGGAUCGUCCCUGGGGACGAAUCAGCCACAGUCAGGGCUAUUGACAGUGACGGCGACGGUCUCCCUUGGGCUGGAGCAGGCUCAAACGUCAACUUGACCCUGACUGGGGUCGACCCUAUAUCGUUGAAUAUCGGAAGUGUGCUGUGUCGACCGAGCCAUGUCGUACCUCUGUCGUCGACGUUCACUGCCAGGAUUAUCGUGUUCGAUAUUCAAAUGCCCAUCACUGCUGGAGCCUCGGUGGAACUCUUCCACCACUCUCGAGACGUUCCAGCUUCCAUAUCGCGCUUGAUAUCCGUUUUGGACCGAGCAAAUGGAAGUAUAGUCAAGAACAAGCCGAGAGUUCUUACGAAGAACAUGUCGGCCGAGGUUGAGAUCACCCUGCGCGGCUCGACGUACUCCGGCCCAGCGUCGAGAGCCUUGCCAAUCCCUAUCGAGGCUUUCUCAGCCAACAAGGAGAUGGGCAGGAUUCUGGUCCGACGAGGUGGUGAGACGAUCGGAGCUGGUGUCGUGACGGAGCUGCUCGCGUGA